CUUUGCAUUAGGGGAAUGGGUAACUACCCUGGCAAAAAACUCGCCUCCCUCCAACCGGGCUAUAUUCUCCAUCGCAACAAAGUGAACAAUUUACAGUCACAACUCCGAGGCGGGAGAAGCUCCUUAAGAAUGAUGUUCUACCUCAACGGUAGCUUGUUGAUUAUAGAGUGACAACUGGUGAUUCCAACCUUAAAUCCUCAAUGGAAACGGAGCAAUCGGUGACUGUUGCUUCGAAAUGGGACCAAUUGCCCCGCAAAGAGAAGAGGAAAAACAUGAAGAAGUUCAAGAGGAAGGCCGCGAGGAAAGAGGGCGCAGAGAAGGAGAGAGCGCGGCUGAAUGAUCCAGAGGAGCAGCAGAGGAUCGAGUUGCAGGAGCAGGCUGAGGCCGAGGCUGUGGAAAAGGCCAGGAAGGACUUCGAGGAGCACGAGAGAAUUUGGAUUCUAACUCAUCAGGAAGCCCAGUUGAAACGUCAGGAAGAAAUCCAGAUACAACAGGCUCAAGAGGCAGCUAAGAAGGAAGAAGAAGAAAAUUGGGAAUAUGUUGAGGAUGGACCAGCUGAAAUAAUCUGGCAAGGAAAUGAGAUCAUUGUGCAAAAGAAAAAGAUCAGGGUACCAAAGGGAAAAUUAGAUGUGAAUACAGUAGCAGACGAUUCCAAUCGACCAAUAUCCAACCCACUUCCGCCUCAACGUGAUGCCUUUGAAGCUUACAGCAAACUAGAAACUCCAGGUUUCAAGGCAUUUGAUGCAGUUGAACAACAAAUACCAAACUUUGGAACUGAACAGGAUAAGACUCACUGUCCCUUUCAUGUUAAAACUGGAGCUUGUCGAUUUGGAGCUCGAUGCAGCAGAGCUCAUUUUUAUCCUGACAAAUCUUGUACGUUACUCAUGAAAAAUAUGUACAAUGGUCCAGGUCUCACGUGGGAGCAAGAGGAAGGACUUGAGUAUACAGAUGAAGAGGUGGUCCAUCAUUAUGAGGAAUUUUAUGAAGAUGUACACACAGAAUUUUUGAAGUUUGGAGAGCUUGUUAAUUUCAAGGUUUGCAAAAAUGGCUCAUCCCAUCUUCGUGGGAAUGUCUAUGUGCACUAUCAGUCUCUAUUGUCUGCAGUUUCUGCAUAUAAUGCCAUAAAUGGCCGCUUCUUUGCCGGAAAGCAGGUAAUUUGUGAGUUUGUUGGAGUUAUGAGGUGGAGGGUAGCAAUAUGUGGGGAGUAUAUGAAGUCUGAUCGUAAGAACUGUUCACGUGGAAGUGCUUGCAAUUUUCUUCACUGCUUUCGUAAUCCAGGUGGAGAAUAUGACUGGGCAGAUUGGGAUAGUCGACCUCCAAGGUCCUGGGUGAACAAGAUGGACAUGUUGUUUGGCGGCUCGAGGGUUGAUCAAUACGAUCAUCAGAAACUGAGAGAUCAAGAUCAUUGGAAUCGCUAUGGACAUUCUGUUAGAAGAAUUCAAUCAAGGAGUAGUUACAAGAGCUCAUCUAGGCGGCAUAAGUCACAUGAAAGGGAUAGCUGUAGUAGUGGUGAAGACAGAGGAACACCCACAAGAGAACCCUCAAAUGGUAGGAAAUAUGGUGGCAAAGAAGAAAGAGAACAAAGGUCAGACUUGGAUCAAAAUUGUGCUGCAUAUAAUAGGAGUAGUUCCAGAAGCUCGUCUAGGUGGCGUAAGUUCCAUGAAAGGGAUCUGUGCAGUAGUGAUGAGGACAGAGGUACACCUGUAAGAGAACACUCAGGUGGCAGAAAAUAUUAUGGCAAAGAAGAAAGAGAACAAAGGAAAUAUAGUGGCAAAGAAGAAAGAGAACAAAGGUCAGACAUGGAUCAAACAUGUGCUACAUAUCAUAUCAGUAGUUGCAGGAGCUCAUCAAGGCGGCAUAAGUCACAUGAAAGGGAUUCCUGUAAUAGUGACGAGGACAGAGGAACACCCAUAAGAGAACAAUCAGGUGGCAGAAAAUAUAGUGAUGAAGAAAGAGAGCAAAGGUUAAAUUUCGAUCAAAAUUAUGCUACAUGUAAGAGGCGAGUAAACCGAAGAAGCCCUAGUCAUGAUAGAGGUGGCUUUGAAAAAUCAGAAAAUAGGAGUAGUUGCAGGAGCUCAUCAAGGCAGCAUAAGUCACAUGAAAGGGAUUCCUGUAAUAGUGUCGAGGACAGAGGAACACCCAUAAGAGAACAAUCAGGUGGCAGAAAAUAUAGUGAUGAAGAAAGAGAGCAAAGGUUAAAUUUCCAUCAAAAUUAUGCUACAUGUAAGAGGCAAGUAAACCGAAGAAGCCCUAGUCAUGAUAGAGGUGGCUUUGAAAAAUCAAAAAAUGAUUAUGUGAUUUCUGAAGAGGAUAUAAAGAGUAGGGAUUGCCACCAGGCAAAAAGAAAAAAACACUACAGGGAGCUUACCUGUGAGGAUGAUGACGAUGAUAAAGAAAGGAGUGUAGUUAGUGUUGACAUGGACCUUGUAGGGGAAUUGCAGUGUAAAAGAAGGAAUGAAAGUUGCAUCCAAUUUGAGAGUGAUAUGGAUAAGUUAAAGUCAAAUGACAGAGAAACUAUGCGGAGAGAGGACGUUAAGAGCUCACAUUACAAGAAAGAGCAGAAGAGAAAAGCAUCAAGGAGAGCCCAAGAUCAGUUAGAGUUGGAAAACAUUGAUCAAGAGAAAAUCAAGUUAUCAAAGAGUUGCUAUCAUUGCGAACAAAUGCCAUGUAAGCAUGAAGACCAUAAAAAAAUAUCGAAAAGACAUCAAUACAGCAAGUCUCCAAUUAGAAGCAGGAAACACAAUUGGCUCCAGAGUGGAGAAAAAGGCCAGAGCAUAUCUCCAGAUAAAGACAACCACAACAAUAAGUUGCCAAGCACUAGCAGAAACUCAAGUGUGAAGGCUCCAAAGAGAAGCUUAGAUGAAGGUUCAUUUGCCAUUCUUGAUCGAUGGCAAGCUAGUGAUGAGCCUGAACUGUAGUUUUGUUUCUGUUAGGACCCCAUUGGGGUGGUUUUCCUGUACAGUGAUUAAAUGCGAUGAGUUGAUUCUUAAAAUUUGGGCUCUAAUUUUGAGUCUGUUAGUAGUAGUUGCCCUGUACAUAUUGAGUAAAUGGGAUAAGUUGAUUUCAAAAAAUUAUGUUGUAAAUUUAUAAACGUUUUUCAAUGUAGUGCAACACAUAUGAGUUUUUCAUGAAAGGGGCUCUUUGCCUAAUGAUUGUAAAACAAUGCACGAAAAAUGCUGGUCAUUUAUGCAAUUUGCAAGUUCAUGAUUGGAACUAAAUAAUUUGAUUAGUUAGCUGAUUACCUUUUGACUACUGAUUAUAAUUAACUGCAGGCCUUAUGUUGCCCUAUUUCGAUCAA